CUCAUUCCCUUCUCCCCCUCUCACCAAAAACUUGCGGCGGCUGCGCUGCUCUUCCCAGCAGCGUCGACUGCUACUUCGUUGGAAGCCAGAUUGGAUUCCGGGGGUGGUGGAAAGGCGACCGACGACGAGGGGCAUUUGAGCGACGCCGCCUCUGCGACUACAAUGACAUCUCAGUCUCCAGCAGCCGGGGCAAGCACAUCGCCAGGAGGCUUGGCUGGGUCAAGCACUUCACCAAUAAUCCCAGCACCUCAUGUAGCUCAAGUGCACUCAGAUGACCCAGCAUGGAAGCAUUGCACAAUUCCAGACAUGACCAAGAAGGCCUCUGUGGAAUGCAACUUCUGCCAUGGUGUUUACAUUGGUGGUAUUACUCGAAUGAAGUACCACCUUGCAAAUUUCAAGGUUCAAAAUGUCGUUUUGUGCCAACAAGUUCCAGCUGAUGUGAAGCAAGAGAUGAGGGAGCUGAUCUCAAGGAAAGAUGAAGCAAAGGAAAAGAAGGCCAGGGAAUCAGCAAUACGCAGAAGUGACGUCAAUUUGGAUGGAAAUGAUGCUAAGGCUGCUGAUGAAGAUGACAUCUUGGGUGGUGGUAGUGGGGGUGGUCUGCUUGUAUUAUCAGGGAAACGACAGAGUAAGGGCAACACAUAUGGUUCUAUGGAUAAGUUUUGCACCAAGUCAACAGAAGAGGUUGUGGCCGCAAGGAAGGGGGAAGGCUUUUCUACAAAGUUGCAAACCAAGUUGUCCACUCAAAGAAGGGAAGAGAGGAGGGUCCGUGCUUGUGAGUAUGUUUGUCAGUUCUUCUAUGAAGCCGGAAUCGCCCACAAUGCAGUCUUGCUUCCAAGCUUUGAACUUAUGCUUGAAGCGGUUGGAGCGUUCGGGACAGACAUGAAAGGCCCCACUCCUUAUGAAAUGGGUGGCCCUUACUUACAGAAGAGCAAGAAGAAAGUCGAGGAAGGAUUUGCUGGACAUAAAGAAGCAUGGAAGCUCACUGGAUGUACCGUCAUGACAGAUGCAUGGACAGACAAAAGAGGAAGGGGAGUGAUGAAUUUGGUAGUUCAUAGUGCCUAUGGUGUUGUUUUUGUUGAUUCUGUGGAUUGUUCAGAUGUGAGAAAAGAUGGCAAGAUGAUAUUUGAUCUUGUUGAUAGAUGCAUAGAAGAAAUUGGGGAGAAGAAUGUCGUUCAAAUUGUAACGGAUAAUGCCUCAGUCAAUAUAGCAGCAACAACAAUGAUGAAAGUGAAGCGUCCCUCCCUAUUUUGGAAUGGUUGUGCAGCCCACACAAUUGAUUUGAUGUUGGAGGACAUAGGGAAGCUUCCUGCAAUCGAACAAACAAUUGCCAAAGGAAAGGCUGUGACGGUGUUCCUUUAUGCGCAUACACGAGUUUUGGCAUUGAUGACAAAAUUUCUUGGAAAAGACCUAGUCCGCUCUGGUAUUACUAGGUUUGCAACAACAUAUUUGAACUUGAAGAGCUGGCAGGACAACAAAAAAGAGCUACAAAAGUUGUUCAGGUCCGAUGAACUCAAUGAAAUGGACCACCUAAAAAAGGCAAAGGGGAAGAACGCAGCUAAAAUCGUUCGCUCUGAAACUUUCUGGAAAGCAGUAGAUACCGUUGUCAAUUUGUUUGAGCCAAUGGCAAAUCUUUUGAGGAGGAUGGAUAGUGAUGUUCCGGCAAUGGGCUUUAUUCAUGGUUGUAUGUUGGAUGCAAAGAAAGAGAUCUCCGUGAGGUUUGACAAUGACAAGUCUCGCUUUCUGGAAGUGUGGGACAUCAUUGACAAGAGAUGGGACAACAAGUUGAAGACUGCAUUACAUAUGGCUGGAUACUACUUGAACCCAUACUAUUAUUAUCCAAACAAGCUUGAUAUUGAGAUCGAUGGUAGUUUCAAAGAAGGGCUGAUAACUUGUAUUUCAAAGAUGGUUCAUGAUCCUAUCAAGCAAUAAGAAAUAAUCGAUGAGAUUGACCACUAUCAAGAGGGGAUAGGGUCUUUUGGAAGGGACAUUGCUGUACGGCAAAGGAAAAACAAGAAGUUUGAUCCAGCUAAAUGGUGGAUGAACCAUGGGACAAGUGCUCCAAAACUAAGGAUCUUGGCUGCAAUGAUUCUUGGUUUGACAUGUAGUUCCUCUGCUUGUGAGAGGAACUGGAGUGUAUUUGAUCAAGUUCACACAAAGAGAUGCAGCAGGAUGCUGCAUGACAAGAUGAGUGACCCUGUUUCCAUCAAGUUCAACUCCAAGUUGAAGGACAAGAAACUAAACAAACGCAAGGACCCCAUUGAGAAGCAGGUGGUAGAUGUUUUAGAAGAUGAUGAGAAUGAAUGGAUCACUGGUGUAGUGCCAAACGGUGAUGAAGAACAAGGUGAAGAUCAAGAUCAAGAAAUUCCGUAUGCAAGCUCGCAUGCUGGACCAGGAACUUCUGCUAUUAAUCCACUUAAAAGGAAGAGGGGUGUCUAUGGUAAGAAGAAGAAGAUGAUGAUCCCUGUUACUCCUCAAGAAGAUCUGAUCUCUGCUUCCUCUGCUUCAGAAAGUGACGACGGCGAGGACACCGACAUGAGUUCUGGUUCUGACAUGUGAGCUUGUCGGUUUCUCUAUGAACUUCAUUUUGGCGCUCAUGAUUCUAUCCUUUCCUGUGUGCUUUUGACAAAUGAAUUCUGAAGACUUUGUGAUGCAUGUAAUGGACUAUGGACAUGCUGCUGUUUGUUACUGAACUUAAGUGUCGAACUGCUGAUGUUAUGCUUGAA